GCGCCCGAGCCCGACGGCUGCCCCGUGUGCGUGUGGCGGCAGCACAGCCGCGAGCUGCGCCUGGAGAGCAUCAAGUCGCAGAUCCUGAGCAAACUGAGGCUCAAGGAGGCGCCCAACAUUAGCCGCGAGGUGGUGAAGCAGCUGCUGCCCAAGGCGCCGCCGCUGCAGCAGAUCCUGGACCUGCACGACUUCCAGGGCGACGCGCUGCAGCCCGAAGACUUCCUGGAGGAGGACGAGUACCACGCCACUACCGAAACUGUCAUUAGCAUGGCCCAGGAGACGGACCCUGCGGUGCAGACAGAUGGCAGCCCUCUCUGCUGCCAUUUCCACUUCAGCCCCAAGGUGAUGUUCACAAAGGUACUGAAGGCCCAGCUGUGGGUGUAUCUACGGCCUGUGCCCCGCCCAGCCACAGUCUACUUGCAGAUCUUGCGACUGAAACCCCUAACUGGGGAAGGGACUGCUGGGGGAGGGGGCGGAGGCCGGCGUCACAUCCGGAUCCGCUCACUCAAGAUUGAGCUGCACUCCCGCUCAGGCCACUGGCAGAGCAUCGACUUCAAGCAAGUGCUACACAGCUGGUUCCGCCAGCCACAGAGCAAUUGGGGCAUCGAGAUCAACGCCUUUGAUCCCAGUGGCACAGACCUGGCUGUCACCUCCCUGGGGCCGGGAGCUGAGGGGCUGCAUCCUUUCAUGGAGCUUCGAGUCCUAGAGAACACAAAACGGUCCCGGCGGAACUUGGGCCUGGACUGCGAUGAGCACUCGAGUGAGUCCCGCUGCUGCCGAUACCCUCUCACAGUGGACUUUGAGGCUUUCGGCUGGGACUGGAUCAUCGCACCUAAACGCUACAAGGCCAACUACUGCUCCGGCCAGUGCGAGUACAUGUUCAUGCAAAAGUAUCCGCACACCCACUUGGUGCAGCAGGCUAAUCCAAGAGGCUCUGCUGGGCCCUGCUGUACCCCCACCAAGAUGUCCCCAAUCAACAUGCUCUACUUCAAUGACAAGCAGCAGAUUAUCUACGGCAAGAUCCCUGGCAUGGUGGUGGAUCGCUGUGGCUGCUCCUAAGGUGGGGUAUAGAGGAUACCUCCCCCACAGACCCUACCCCUAGAUCCCCAGCCCUGACCCCCAUCCCCCAGGCCCUAAAGCUCUCUCCACCUCUUCCCAUGAACAUCACACCUUGUUCCCUGCCCAAGCAGUGUGCAAUACAACAAGAGGGAGGCAGGUGGGGAUUGAGGGGUGAGGGGUUUGGGGCAGGGGAAGAGGGGGCAUGGUCAGGUGGGGAGUGUUUGAAGUUUGCAGGUGAGAAGGUUUGGCAAGACGACAGAGAGGCAUAGAGACAGGCAGAGCAGAGGGCUAGAGACAGGAACACUAAGAGCAGCAGUGAGAAGGCAAAGGGAUAGAGAGGCAGAAGAGACAGACUAGGCAGAGAUAAACAAUAAGAAAGAGACCGAAAUGGAGUAAUAAGAAAGCCCUACACCAAGCCUCCUUUAUUAGCAAGGUGAGGAGCUUGAUAUGGUUUGGGGAGACCCCCUGACUACCAUUUUCAGUAGGAGAGGAAAUCAAAAAUCCAUUCUUAGCUUCUUCCCUUUCUCUCUCCAGCAGUUGCCGGGGGAAGGGCAGUGAGGGCAGGGGCAAAAGCGAGUUUUGGAAUUUUAUUUAUUUAUUUAUUGUAACUUUUCAUUUUUUGGUAUUUGGCUUUACUGAAAUAGAAGGGCCCCUGCCCACUGUGCCCCAUUUGUCCCUUAUUUCCCAAACCCUGUUCUCCCUCGAUACCCACCUACUUAAGCACUUGUAUAAAGCCUCCAGGGUUGGGAAUGGGAGUAGAGGGCAAGAGGGCUGACAUUAUGGUGAAGUUUCCAACCCAUAAUCACCCUAUUUAACCUUCCUGAGCCAAAUGGGUUGAAUUGAAUUCCAGUGGUCUUGGAAAUAAUAAGAGGUUAGGGUUUAAGAGCUGGGGGUGGGGGUGGGGGUGGGGAGUGGAGAGGCCUCAACAUCCAGGAUCUAUUUGAGAGCCACUAAACUUACCCUCAGGAUCUAUUUGAGAGCCACUAAACAGUACCAGUCAUAGUACUGAGUUAUUUGGCCAGAGGGUGUGGCUUGCUUAUGCCCAAAUUCCCCCCAGCCAAGAGAGAGACCAAAGAGCCUGUGGAAUGCCCUGCUCCCAGCCUCUAUCUUCAGGUCAAUAAUAAUAAUAAAAAAAAAAGAGUAUAGAGAUCCCAAAUUCCCUGGGUCUGGGAAGGGUUAGGAGGGGUCAAGAAAGUAGUAGUAAAAUCCAAAUCACUACUCUGGGCUAGGGAAUACAGCCAGGAAACCAAGGUGGAAGGGAUUCUGGAAGGGGGACAUUUUAGUCCCCCAACCCCAAAGCUCAGGGUGGAAGGGGGGAGAACAAGGGAGCAGAGUGUCUAUAAUUAUUUUUAUGUUUUAUUUUUGGAAUCUAGCAGUAACUGGCAGCAAGGAGGGUACAAUACAGUGGGGAAAGGCAUCUGACAGGGCCAGUUAGAGCAGAGGAUAGGAAGGAUAGACUCCCUGGUUUGGAAGGCUAGGAAGCAGGCAGGGACUGAUUGCCACUCCAAGUCACUAGCUGGGCCUAUUCAUUUCUCCCACAAUCCUGACCCACCCCUCCUCUGGACUCACUGUGCCUCAGUUUCUUCCCCUCGAUGGAAUGAGAAAUAACAGCACCCGCCACAGCCAAGAGAUGAAUUCUGAGCACUUACCACGGGCACUUUAUGGACAUAAAAUACCUCUCGCUGUGGGACAGAUAACCAGGGCACCAGAGUAGUGGUGAAGAGAUGUGAGGCUUAGAGGAGUCGCAGGCUUCAGAAUACAAGUUCCCCUCGGCCUCCCAGCUGGACAGUGCCUGAAGCCAAGGAACUGAGAAUCUCCUGAUCCACACCCUAUCCAUACCUCACCACCUCUUGGCUCCAGGCAAGAGCCUAGAGGAUCAGGAGAGGAGAGGGAAAAAACCUUCAGCAAAAUUGUUACUCUAAGUAGACAGAGCCAGCAGUUAUGGGUCUGAUGCAAACAGUACUGAACUAAAGUAAAGCCUGAGCUGGAGAGCUGACCAGGAAGGCUUGUUCUUCCCAAGAGCAUGACUCUCCUGCCUGACCCAGCCAGUGGAAGGGGCAAAGGUAUGUGACCACCCUUGAGAAGGUGAUGCUUGUGAUCUUUAGCAUCUUAUUCCCAUUCCCAUAGUGAGAAAGUGAGAUGAGGUGUUUCGGUACAGGAAUGGGCAGGGGCUACUGAAGCAUUUCAACUUGCCUCCUCCCAUAAAGCAGCUAAGCUAACCCCCAGCCUCUCCUCUCUGACCCUGUUCUUCAUCCUUCCUUCUGCCCCAGUCUUGGAAAACUAUCAACACCAUUCACAUUUUCUUAGUGGAAGGAAAGGAACAGGAAAGUGAAGAACAGAAGAUGCCUUCUCCAAGGUCAAAUUUGUGUCUUUUGAUCUUGGCACAGGGUGGAGAUUGGGCAAUAGGAAUCAGGUGACUUCCCUCUACAAAUUCUAGAGAGCUGGGGCAUUACACUUGGGGAUACUUAGACUAUGCCCCUUUAAUACCACCAAAUAAAGACCUUUGGGAGAGGGUCUUUCUUUUAUGAACAUAAAUCUAUGAGUUGAAGUCUCCUUUCCCUGGUCCUCCCCACCCCCAAAGAGGUAUGGGGGCAUAGCCCAGUGAUCUAGUGGGAACUAGUACCCCCCUCCCACCUUAUGCGUGUGGACCUCGCCAGUGCCCUCCGAUCAUAAUUAGUGUAAUUAUUAUUUACUUUGUGUAUAUGUUACACUGUGCGUGAUUGCCUUUGUUUGUUAAGGGUGUCUGAGGAGUAUGGGGCUGAUGGGCACUGGAAUACCAGGAAAGGACUUCUUCACUGAGAUCAAGGAUUCCUGGAGGGAACUAAUGCAAAAAGGCCAUCAGGCAGUUUUCAAGUUAUGUGACAGAGGGCAAAGAUGGCCAUUGGGUGCUCUGAGUUUUGGGAUGGUCACAUGACACAAUCCAGCACUUGAACCUGAAAAAAGAAAAAUAAAAGCAGUCAAAGAGUUUAGAA